AUGUCCACUACCACUGCACAGCAGAGCCUUACUUUGAGGGUGUAUAUCAUUAGAGGUCAUAUCAAGGCAGAACUAGAACGCCGUUUCUGCUUUCUCCUGGGAUUAUGCAGUCCCGCCUAUAACUGCAUCUUCCUAAAGGAAGUUCCAGGUCUUGCUCCGGCCCACAGCUGUUUUAUAGCUGAGGGCUUGCGUUCUGACGCUCCGAAGUUCUAUGGAUUCCUUGUUGGACUGAGUAGUUACUGGAUCCUCUGGCUCUCCUCCAUCGCUCUGACGGCCAUUGUGGAUUCGCCCACCUCUGAUUCUGUGUUGGUGUCAUUUGAGGAUGUUUUUGUGAGCUUCACUUGGGAGGAGUGGCAGGUUCUGGACGAUGCUCAGAGGACCCUGUACAGGGAGGUGAUGCUGGAGACCUACAGCAGCCUGGCGGUGUUGGGACCUUAUAUCACUAAACCUGUAGUCAUCCUUAAACUGGAACAAGGAGCAGAUCCCUGGAUGGGACAGGAAUCUUCAAACCAAUGCUCUCCAGAUGUCCAGAAAGUGGAUCACAUACUUCAGCCCAGCCACGAGAGUCAAGGAAGACAUUUGUGGCAAGUUGUUCUUACCACUAACAACACAACAGCUGAGGAGAGAGUUGAAUUAGGAUUGGAGCUCAAAGUCCUUGAGUGGAAUUUUGAUUUGAGGUCAAGCCAAAGUUCAGAUUUGGUUAUAGAUGAUGGAAGCUAUUCAGCAAUGGCGAAUCUCCCCAGUGAGCCUAAUGGAGAGAAACCUAAUCAGUAUCAUAUAACUGGGAAGUCCCUGAGAUAUCCUGAGCAUUUCGGUCAGCAUCCCAAGAUUCCAACUGGGCAGCAGGAUUUUCAAUAUAGUGGACAAUGGGAACGCUUCACCAGGGAGGCAAAAUUAUUGAAAGAAUGUGUUACAUAUAAGAGGGUUCCUAUGGGACAGGCCUGCUGGAAGCAUGAUGAACCUGGGAAAGCCUGUGAGAAGUCAGCUGUCAUUGCUACAGUGGGAAGGAAAACUCUUUAUAAAAGCUGUGAUCUCACCACACAUGAGACACACACAGAGGAGAAAUCCUGUGAAUGUGGUGAAUGUGAGAAAACCUUCAUUGUGCAACAGAAGAAACAUUCAGAGAAAGAACCCUAUUCAUACUAUCCACAUGAGGAGUCCUUCAGCUAUAAGCCAGUCAUCUCUAUGCAGCAGAGUUUUCAUAGAAGGGAAAAGCCCUACAAAUGUGAUGAAUGUGGAGAGGCCUUUCACACUAAGUCAGACCUAGUGAGGCAUGAGAGUAUUCAUGCUUGGGGGAAACUGUUUGAGUGUAAGGAAUGUGGGAAAACUUUCUGCCGGAAGUCAUCCCUUACUACUCAUGAGAAAAUUCACAGUGGGGAGAAGCCCCAUCAAUGCACUAAAUGUAGAAAAGCCUUUCGCAAGAAGUCACAGCUCCGGAGGCACUGGAGAAGAAUUCACACAGAAGAGAAACUUGAAGGAUAUGAAUGUAAUGAAUGUGGAAAACAUUUUCACAGAAAGUCAAACCUUACAAAGCAUCGGCGUACUCACACAGGCGAGAAGCCCUGUGAAUGUCAUCAAUAUGGAAAAUGUUUUGGACAGAAGAUACACGUCACUAAACACAAGACCAUCCACACUAGCGAGAAACCCUAUGAAUGUAAUCAGUGUGGAAAAUCCUUUGACCAGAAGACUUUCCUCACUAACCAUCAGGUAAUACACACUGGGGAGAGACCCUAUAAAUGUGAUGAAUGUGGAAAAUCCUUUGCCUAUAAGUCCAGUCUUGCUAAUCAUCACAUGACACACACCCGGGAGAAACCCUAUGGAUGUAACCAGUGUGGAAAAACCUUUUGCCAGAAAACAUACCUCAGGAAGCAUGAGAGAACUCAGCAUAGCGCCGAAGCUUCUAUGAACCCCGGAAAACUUUCUAAAAUCACACCUGUGCAAACAGAAUUCACAUAGUGGAAAAAUCUCUCAUGGCAGAAACUAGCUACGUGUCCUCCAAAAACCAUUUCCAUCUGUCUGAGUCACAGCCUGCAUUUUUAGCCUUGCCUUAUUGUGGUUGUCAGUUUACUGACUUCUGCCUGGGAAGUAGAGACACAUGAGAUGAACCUGCCAACAUAAAGUUGGUGACCCUGCAGUCCUCUCACUUUGCUCAUGAUUUAUGAGAUUAGAGUGCUACUGAUCCUGAGAAUGGCCUUGAAGUACAGGUGGGAGAUCGUCACUGUGAUUUAAGACAGAUAGAUGAAGAGAACAGAUCUUUCCAGCUCUGCCUUGGCACUUUACAUUUUCACACAAACAGGAAAUAAAUAAUCUACUCUUUGGCUAUUUUAUGGUGCUGUCUUAUAUCAUCAGUGCCCCCUGUUACUGAUUCACCAUAUGCAUAUAAGAUCUUUCUGAGGAGCCAGGCAUGGUG